GUAUCUUAAAUAAAAAUACAACAACAUAAUAUUAAAUGAAAUUUCUAUGAUAUUUGGGGUAUUUGCAUAAAGAAAUGUGUGGAAUAAAACAAAUACAACUGAAAAUCCUUAAAUCAAAACCUAAUGACCCUAACCUCUCUGGACUCUCCUCUCAUCUGGACUUGUUCCUAUCAAUCCCACCAAUCAUGGGAUAUCUAACAGCAGGGAAUCUUAAGUAUAAAACUGCCUGGGAGGCUGAACAUCUGUCCAGUGCUGUUUGGAGAGAUUGCAUAAAGGCCAUCCGUUUCCAAAUGCGUAAACGUCUGCAAAGACGCAUCAGAAAACAUGUUUAUCCUUCUUUAUCUGAGCUUUUGGAGUGUGUUGGGGUCGCACAGCCAGAGCCUGAGCUCAACAGCAGCAACAAAAACAACAACAUUGCAAGCAUUUGUGACACCUGGAGAAGACAACGGCCAAUGCACGACCUGCCAGUUUAGACAGCAGAGUAAACUCAUGCGCCUGCACUCCAUUAAGUCUCAGAUUUUGAGCAUCCUGCGUCUAGAACAAGCUCCGAAUAUCAGCAGAGACACUGUCAAGCUACUCUUACCCAAGGCACCUCCACUGCAGGAGCUCCUGGAUCAGUAUGACCAAAAUGGAGGCAUUAGUGAGGAUGAGGAACAAAGCAGCAGUGAGACCAUCAUUACCAUGGCCACAGAACCUCAAGCCUUCACCCAUCUUGAGGGAAUGCCGAAGUGUUGCAUGUUCUCCCUGAGCCCGAAGAUUAUGCCUAACAGCAUCCUCAAGGCCCUGCUCUGGAUCUACCUCCGACCAGCUGAGGAGCCAACCACGGUCUUCAUCCAGAUAUCUCACCUGAGGGCUUCGUCUGAAGGGAGCAACCACUCAAGAAUACGAGCGCAAAAAAUUGACGUGAACGCCCGGACAAACUCCUGGCAGCACAUCAACAUGAAGCAGCUGUUGCAGUUGUGGCUCAAACAGCCGGAGAGUCACUUUGGGAUAGAAAUCAAGGCCUUUGAUGUAAAUGGAAAUGACCUGGCUGUGACCUCCGCAGAAUCUGGAGAAGAAGGACUGCAACCCUUCCUGGAAGUGAAAAUAUCAGACACUGGCAAGCGGUCCAGACGGGACACAGGCCUCGAUUGUGAUGAGCACUCCACCGAGUCACGUUGCUGCCGGUAUCCACUCACCGUCGACUUCGAGGAGUUCGGUUGGGACUGGAUAAUUGCUCCCAAGCGUUACAAGGCCAAUUACUGCUCCGGUGAAUGUGUGCAGAAGUACCCCCACAGUCACAUUGUCAACAAGGCCAACCCUCGGGGCAGCGUAGGCCCAUGCUGCACGCCCACCAAGAUGUCACCCAUAAACAUGCUGUAUUUCAAUGACCGUGAGCAGAUAAUCUACGGAAAAAUCCCUUCAAUGGUCGUGGACCUUUGUGGCUGCUCCUGAGCUUCUUGAGUAGCUACAGCAAGCCCUCACCACUCUGGACCAGAGGGGAAGUGAAAAUAACCUUUACCUUGUCCCUGACAAAAUAGUUCCUGCUAAAACAAUUGACCACACCAGGAUCCCAACAAACCAACUUAUCCAAUGACUUUAGUUCGUUCUCAUUGACUUUUGCAAACAAGGACAAUAGUACCAUGGUGACAAGGCUUUCUUUGUUUAUGAAGG